AUGGAGUUUAAAGGAGCAGCUGUUGGGGGCAAGCUCUAUGCUACUACAGAUGUCUCACCAUCUACAACCCUACCGGAUGAAGAUUCCCAUGAUAAGGUCAAAAGGGAACCGUCAUACAGCUGCUGGCCACCUCCUCCCAAGUUCUCUGGUGUAUUACCGUGUUCUGACGAGCUGGUGAGCAUGAUGAGAAAGGCUUUGGCCAAGGAAGGGAGGGGAUCUUCCAACACUUUGCAUGAGUUCCUCUUUGCCCUAGCUAUCAACCAUACGUGCGAGAGGGCACAGCCUCCUGCCAUGCCAGAUCCGGAAUAUCAUACUGAUCCCGAUGAAGGUAAAAGUGGGGGAUGCCUUAGUGAGGCAUUCAAGAAGGCGAAAGGACGGAUCAAAGGCAGAGCCAAGUUGGAUAUCUACGCUGUUCGAGAGGAUGGAGAUGUUGUGGCCUCUGAUGAUGAUGUUGUUGUUGAUGAUGAUAGACGAAAGAGUGAAGGGGGCAUUGAGGCUGUCUACCAAGGGACAUCACCCGAUGAGAGUGCUUUGGUAUCAGCGGCGGGUUACUUUGGCUUGAGGUUUACGGAUAGAACACCAGACAGUAUCGAUAUAACUCUACUGCCUGAAGGAGAUACCAAGACUAUGGAUCUAUUACAUGUGGUGGAAUUCACUAGUGAGAGGAGGAUGAUGUCUGUUGUGGUAGCUGAUAGCAGUAUACCGAGUAAGGAGGAGGGCUGUGUCUGCUGGACACCACAUCAUGAUGAUCCUAUCAUCAGAUACCCCGGAUAA